AUGUCCAAGUUAGUAUGGCAGCAACCAAAGCGUGGUUCUUCCACUUUCCAUCUGCUUGUCGCGCUGGCAUUAUUGCUGACGGGCUCUAUUUACUAUUUUGACUAUAUCUCACGGUCGCAAACAAGCCCGCCAAACCUUCAACAAUGCGCCGUUGAGAACUUGCUUGGCACUGGCCUUCCUUUUAUGAAUGCUGCUCCUAUUACUGUCGCUGAGUUCGAGGAGCGCCGGGUUCGCCUGGCUAAGGCUUUGAUCGCUGAAGAUGUCGACGCGUUUGUGAUGGAGCCGGGCUAUACCUUCAAAUAUUAUGGCAAUGUGAGCCAGCCGGAAUGGGAAGUUUGGGAGCCCGAAGAACGCCCAUUCUUGAUGGUCGUUCGUCCUCAGGAGGACGAGAGAGGAAACGUCAAGGCCAACACAACAUUCCUCUGUCCAUCCUUUGAGGCCGAGCGAGCUCGCUUGCUCGGAAUGCCUUUCAAUGAUUCCAUCCAAAUCAUUCCAUGGGAAGAGCAUUGGAACCCAUAUAUAACCCUUCAGCAAGCUAACGUUUUCUCGGGUCUUCAACGACCUCCACGGUUGAUGGUUGACGAAGAAAUGCGGGACUUUAUACAACGUGGGCUGGCUACUGUCGGAUUCGAUGUGGUUGGUCUCAAAGGAAAAGUGGAAGAAGUGAGGCAGAUCAAGAGUGAAAAGGAAAUCGACAUUCUCCGCGCAGUCAACACCGGCACUGUGGAGGCUGUGAGGCAGAUUAGGAAAUGUCUAUAUCCAGGUCUCACCGAGACAGACAUCGCCGUCGCCCUUGACAAUGCUUUGCGCGCGGCAGGGUUGGAACCGUUCUUUGAUAUCGUACUCUUUGACGAGAAUGCUUCGAAUCCCCACGGGGGAACAAACGGAUCCAAAAUUCUAGAACCUGAGACAUUUGUCUUGAUUGAUGUUGGCGCUCAUUUAUAUGGUUAUUCUUCAGACAUAUGUCGCACAUUCUUCCCGCCCUUUCUCGAAAAGCCAUCAAAAGGAGACACGCUAUCGCCUCUGAUGUUAGAAAAACUCAGAGUCUGGGAUAUUGUGUUUGAAGCUCAGACACAAUCCAUUCGCCAGAUGCGGGAAAACUCAUCCGCAUCAAGCGUUGAUAUCGCUGCACGUGAGGUCAUCACCGACGCAGGCUAUGGCGAGACUUUUACACAUCGUGUGGGACAUGGAAUUGGAAUUAAAGCCCAUGAAAGCCCUUAUCUUAACAAAGGAAAUUUGAACAGUCUGCUCAAAACUGGCAUGACCUUCACUUCCGAGCCAGGUGUCUAUCUGGUUGACAAGUUUGGGGUUAGGCACGAGGAUAUAUUCCUUGUCCAAGGAGAUGGAGAGCCCGAAAUCUUGACUGGAUCGCGUGCUAUGGGACCUUGGAACCCAUAA